CACCAUCAAACACACUCACUCAUCUGUGUCUUUACCUACAGCGUACUACUCUCAGUCAACAUGACUUGUGUCAGCGAUCUCCAAAAACUUCUGCCAGCUAUACUGCUGAUAUGGGUGAUGAAUUUUAAGUCUUGCUUGACUCAAAAUGACAACAAUACAACCAGCAACCCCCACCUGGAUUAUAACCUGUCCUACAUGAACUACCCUUAUGAGGGUAACAUGUCUGAUUGGAAUUAUGAUGACUUUCCUGAGGUCUGUGUGAAAGAAUCCAACCGCCAGUUCCGCCGCUGGUUCAUGCCUACCUUCUACACCAUCAUCUGCUUCCUGGGGCUGACAGGGAACCUCCUGGUCAUCCUCACCUUCUUCUACUUCAAGCGUCUUAAAACCAUGACGGACGUGUACCUGCUCAACCUGUCCUUUGCAGACCUGCUCUUUGCUCUGUCACUUCCCUUUUGGGCAGCCAACUCCAUGACAGAAUGGAUACUGGGCCUGCUGGUGUGUAAAGCCAUGCACACCAUUUACAAGGUCAGCUUCUACAGCAGCAUGUUCAUUCUCUCCUUCAUCAGCGUGGAACGCUACUUCGUCAUCGCCAAGGCUGUCUCCGCUCACCGCUACCGCUCCCAAGCAGUGUUUCUGGGCAAAGUGUCAUCAGCUGCCAUCUGGGUGAUGGCACUGAUCUUCUCCAUACCAGAAAUGAAGUACACCACAAUCAACAACCACACCUGCACCCCGUACUCCAGCAAUGCUGACAAGCUCCGUGUCAGCAUGCAGGCAAGCCAGAUUGUUUUGGCUUUUGCCCUCCCGCUCUUGGUCAUGAGCAUCUGCUACAGCAGCAUUGUCCAGACCCUCUGCCAGGCUCGUGGCUUUGAACGAAAUAAGGCCAUCAAGGUGAUUCUCGCUGUGGUAGCUGUCUUCCUGGUCUGCCAAGUGCCUUAUAACCUGGUCUUAUUUGUGAGCACAGUUGUCACAGCACAAGGAGGAACUCUAGACUGCAACUUCGAGAACAGACUCCUCUAUGCCACCGAUGUCACCCAAUGCGUGGCCUUCCUGAGGUGCUGCCUGAACCCCUUCGUCUAUGCCUUCAUCGGUGUGAAGUUUCGUCAUGACCUCCUGAAGCUACUGAAGGACUUGGGUUGCAUGAGCCAGGAGAGGUUCUUCAAGUAUACCUGCGGCAGGAGGAGGAGCUCAGGCGCCACCGACACAGAGACCACCACCACAUUCUCUCCUUAAAGUUGUUUCAGAGUGGACAAUCUGCUAUUCGCACCUGCAGGCCACACAGUGGACUGUUGAACAUUAAGACAAAAGUCUUUAAAAAAACAAACAAACAUGUACAUAGCAGAGGUUAUCAUUUUUUGCUGUUUUUUUGGUCUCUCUUUUGUUUAAAGAUGAUUUUUUUAACCUUUUUUGCCUUUAUUGGAUUGGAUUGAAAGUGAGGAGAGAGAUGGAACAACAUGCAGCAAAGGGCUGCAGACUCAAACUUCAGGACCCAUGUAGGACUCAGCAUACAUGGGGUGCACGCUCUACCAGGUGAGCUGCUGGGGCAUCCUAUUGUCAGUUAUGACCUAAAAGAACAUGCAAAACAGUUGAACAGUUGAAUCCCCCCCAAUAAAACAUGAAGGUAGCAAAGGACUUUUAAAUCACAAAUUGACACAGAAAGGGCACAAAUUGGCGCAUAAAAGUCACCAGAGAACAGGAAACCAAAUGUUUGAUGCUCAAAAUCCAUUUCACAUGUGCCCCUCCCCUAAUGUUGAAACAAAACCUACGCCCUUGAUUGAAUGCAUAUAUCCCUCAACCACAGCCAUCAUUUCAGCCCUUCUCUUUCACCCCUUAAACGCAAGACAGAAACUGGUACUUCCACUCAUUGUCUCUGGUUGUGCUGUAAGCUGCAAAGGUACUGGUGGUCUAAUAUGCUGUCUACAAUACAAAAACUAUAAGGUUUGGAAUUGGAGAUGGACCCAUUGUCCCUCAUCCUGGGUCUCCCAGGCAGACAUGUAACGACAAAAAACAAGACUGGACUGUUUUCUUACUCAGACUGUGAUGAAGAAUGGAUUAAUGGAUUAAUGAGAAAGUACUAGCUGUUAAAUAGAGUGCCGUUCGAUUUUGUGCCAUGAAAAUACAUUAAAUGAAUACUAAAUUCAAAAACAGACCAAUUAUAUAUGAU